AUGGGAAGAGGAAGAGAUCGUAGCCGCGACCGACGUCGUAGCCGAAGUAGAAGCAGGAGUAGGAGUCGUAGUCGUAGUCCUCGUUAUGGCUUGGGUUCUGGCGGAGGAGGGGGAUAUGGCGGAGGUGGACGCCGAAGUAAUCCUGGAGCUAGCCUCCAAGUAGAAAAUAGAGCAGACUCUGAAGUUGAAUCUUGGAGAAGUGAAAAUGAAAUAACUCUUAAGGGGAGAAAUAUUCCCAAACCAACGCUAUCUUUUGAUGAGGCUGGUUUCCCAGACUAUGUCAUGGAUGAAAUUGACAAAAUGGGAUUUUCUAAACCUACACCCAUCCAAGCACAAGGAUGGCCCAUCGCUCUAAGUGGAUGUGAUAUGCCAAAAUCUAGCAGAGGUGAUGGGCCCAUUGCUUUAGUUUUGGCACCAACAAGAGAACUGGCACAACAAAUACAAGAAGUUUGUGAUAAAUUUGCUAAUACAUCUAAGAUUCACAACACAUGUUUAUUUGGUGGUGCUCCUAAAGGACCGCAAGCACGUGAUUUAGAUGCUGGUGUUGAAAUUGUAAUUGCUACACCGGCUGCUAAUCACAAUAUAUUACAAAUUAUUGAUGUUUGCAUGGAAUAUGAAAAGGAGACAAAACUAAGUACACUUUUGAAAGAAAUUAUGGCUGAAAAAGAAAACAAAACUAUAAUAUUUAUAGAAACAAAGAGAAGGGUGGAUGAUAUUACUAGGAAAAUGAAGAGGGAUGGAUGGCCUGCUGUUUGUAUACAUGGUGACAAAUCACAGAAUGAACGAGAUUGGGUAUUGCAAGAUUUUCGAAGUGGAAAAGCACCCAUUUUAGUAGCAACUGAUGUAGCAGCCAGAGGUUUGGAUGUUGACGAUGUUAAGUUCGUCAUAAAUUUUGACUAUCCCAGCAACUCUGAAGAUUAUGUACACCGCAUUGGAAGAACAGGACGAACAAAUAAAACUGGAACAGCUUAUACCUUUUUUACACCAUCUAAUGCAGCUAAAGCAUCUGAUCUUAUCUCAGUAUUGAAAGAAGCUAAACAAGUUGUUAAUCCGAAAUUACAAGAACUCGCUGAGCGUGGCGGUGGGGGUGGCCGACGUCACCGAGGCCGAGGCGGCAGAUAUCGCAGAGGGCGCAGAUCUCGUUCAAGGUCCCGAUCACGUCGUCGCCGCUCUCGAACUAGAUCAAGGUCGCGGGACCGUCGACGUCGCCGACAUAGCUCGUCCAGAUCAUCUCGAAGCAGAUCAUCAAGAUCAUCCAGGAGCCAUUCGCGAUCUCGUUCGCGCUCCCGUUCCCGUAGCCGUUCACGUUCAGGCAAGUGCAGUCCAUUGAAGGAUGCUACUACAACUGCCCCAAAGCCCGUGGCUCAAGCUCUGCUGCCUACACCAAAGCCACUUUUGCCAACUCCAAUCGGUCCACAGCUUCCUACAUCACAAAAUGAUAAAGUCCCAAUUACCUCUUCACAAAAUGAGGAUCCCAGCAUGAGAAGAAAUGAAAGGCCUGCAAAUGACAACAUGGGAAAUGAUAUCCAACAACAUCAACGACAGCCCCAUCAACAGCAACCACAACACCAACCACAACAACAACAACAGCAGCAACAACAACAACAACCUAAUCAAAUUCCGCCCUUGAUGGCUCUCAACCCCCAAAUGUGUAUGCCUCCACCAAUUAAUGGUCAAGGAUUUGUUAUGCCACAAUUUUUUCCACCCGAUCAAUAUGGUAUGAUGAUGCCACCUUUCCCUCCUGGUCAAAUGCUUAAUCCGGCCGGUUGGGCGGCACCUCCACCACCGCCACCUCCCCCACCUCCCUCCAAUUCCACUAGCAACAUAAAUUCCUAUAACCAAGAGCAAAGUGGCUAUGGAGAAAGCGGCUUGGAGUCAGAUUCCAGGAAGCGAGGCGGCCGUUCUGGUGGCCUUGGCGGUUCAGGCUCUUAUGGCGUGAGCUCUGGAGGCCUGGGCUCAAGCAGUGGCCUGGGCUCUGAAGGGGGCCUAGGCUCUGGUGGAGGCCUCGGCUCUAGCAGCCGUGGCUUUGCCUCUAACGACGAUCGUGGCUACGGCGGUGGCCUCGGCUCUGGCGGAGGCCUAGGGUCUGACGAGGGCCAAUCAAGAUCGAGGGGAGGUCGAGACAGACGUCGUCGUGGAAGAGGACGAGACAACGACUACGACUCGGAAGGUCCGGGUGGUGGUCUCGGGUCUUAUGGAUCCGGCGGCCUAGACGGCGGCCUGGGUCAGGCCUCCUACGGAUUAACCUCUGGCGGUCUUGGUGUACCCCAUGGGAGCCAAAUGCCGCGUAUGCUUCCACAACCUGGUGAUGACUACUUUGGCCCUCAGGGGGCCAACUUUACAGCAUUUGGCUCCUAUGGUUCAAAGAAUAAUAAAAGGAACUAUGAUGAUAAUAUUAAUGAGUCGUACAGGAACGACAGUCAUUAUAACAACGGAAUGGAUUUCUACGAUCAACAAAGCAUGGGACCUGGGCGGCCAUUUGCUCUAGGAAUCGCCAACGGCGGUGAAAACAACGAGAGAAUGGCUACAAUGGUGACUCACGCCGACGUAGAAGACGUUAAACUGAAGAAGUCUACAAGACCU